UAAUUCUUAUAUUUGUACGUAUAGAUGCCCUUUUGACAGAUAUGGCCCACCGGUCGGUCCCUCAAAGAAAAAAACGGCCCGGACCGCUGCGGCUAGGGGAAAACCGGCUCUCUCCCUCUCAAUGCGGCUCGGAUCGGCUGGGGGGAACCCCGCUCGCACUGCAUUCUUUCCCAGCCCGACUCCCUCUCCUCUGUCCAACGCUUCUUCGCCGUCUCCGCCGUCUUUGCCGUCGGCGCCCCGCCAUGGAGUAUGAGGAGGAAAGCAGCGACGACAACCGCCAAGACUACUCCCAAAUGCUCUGCGAAAAUAGUCAGGAGGACGAGAAGUACGAGAUUCCUGAUAGCAUUGAAGACGAGGAUUACACAGGGCUUGAGUUGGAGCUUAUGGUUUUCAGCCAAAAGCAUGGCAAAGCAACAAAGAGAUUCGUAGCUUUUGAAGGAACCAGCACUCGGAGGAGGUUCUUCGCAUGUGCUGAGAAGGGAGCUGAUAACUGUGGAUUUGUUUAA